GAGACUGUGUUGGAAGGCAGCCCAGCGCGCCGCCCCCUGCGGUUUUCACAGCGUGGCUCCGGGACCCGCGGCCUGGGCACCAGGGGCCGGUGUCCCGCGGCUGGGCUGCGUUCUGCGGAGGAGCCGCGCUUGUCUCUGCCCCCCGAGCCCCUUGUCCUUUCCGCUGCCCCUGGGACGCGGUGGCUGGUCACCUCUCUGAAUCCGGGUGAGAGGCGGUGUAGGGGAGCACACUCGAAGGAGUGGGUUUCAAGGCUGGGGAAAGGAGGGCCACGCUGGGCAAUUUCCGGAGAUUUGAGACUAACCUAGAAGAGAUGGAGGAGGGGAUCCCAACAAGAGUCCUGGGCAGGGUCUCGGGGUCCGAACCUGGCCUGGGGGCAUGGGAGCCCGGAUUGGGGGGAGUGAGCCCCACGUGCCUGUGACGCGGGGGCGCCGGGUAGGCGGCGGCGGCGGCGGCGGCAGCGACGCGGGGCCGGCGGCCGUGCAGUGCCGGGAGGGUGGCGAAGCAGGCUGCAGGAUGCCGCGCGCCGCACUGCUUCUGCUGCUCUGGCUGCUCCUGGCGGGGGCGGGGGCCACAGACGAACCCACCCAGGAGUCGGUGCCGUUGGGUGAGCCUCCUCCAGGCUUGGCGCUCUUCCGCUGGCAGUGGCACGAGGUGGAGGCGCCCUACCUGGUGGCCCUGUGGAUCCUGGUGGCCAGCCUGGCCAAAAUAGUCUUUCACCUGUCUCGGAAGGUGACAUCUCUGGUCCCUGAGAGCUGCCUGCUGAUUUUGCUGGGCCUGGUGCUGGGAGGCAUUGUCUUAGCUGUGGCCAAGAAGGCUGAGUACCAGCUGGAGCCAGGGACCUUCUUCCUCUUCCUGCUCCCUCCUAUUGUGCUCGACUCAGGCUAUUUCAUGCCGAGCCGUCUGUUUUUUGACAACUUGGGUGCCAUCCUCACGUAUGCUGUGGUGGGCACACUCUGGAAUGCCUUCACAACAGGUGUUGCCCUUUGGGGCCUGCAGCAGGCUGGACUUGUAGCCCCUCGGGUCCAGGCUGGCCUGCUGGACUUCUUGCUGUUUGGAAGCCUCAUCUCAGCGGUGGACCCUGUGGCCGUGCUGGCUGUCUUUGAGGAGGUGCACGUCAACGAGACGCUCUUUAUCAUCGUCUUUGGAGAGUCCCUCCUCAAUGAUGCAGUCACUGUGGUGCUCUACAAGGUCUGCAACUCCUUUGUGGAGAUGGGCUCUGCCAAUGUGCAGGCCACUGACUACCUAAAGGGAGUCGCCUCCCUGUUUGUGGUCAGUCUGGGCGGGGCAGCCGUGGGCUUAGUCUUUGCCUUCCUCCUGGCCCUGACCACACGCUUCACCAAGCGGGUCCGCAUCAUCGAGCCGUUGCUGGUCUUCCUCCUCGCCUACGCAGCCUACCUCACUGCUGAAAUGGCCUCGUUGUCUGCCAUUCUUGCGGUGACCAUGUGUGGCCUGGGAUGUAAGAAAUACGUGGAAGCCAACAUCUCCCACAAGUCACGCACAGCUGUCAAAUAUACCAUGAAAACCCUUGCUAGCUGUGCUGAAACAGUCAUCUUCAUGCUGCUUGGCAUCUCAGCCGUGGACUCUUCCAAAUGGGCCUGGGACUCUGGGCUGGUGCUGGGCACCCUCUUCUUCAUCCUGGUCUUCCGAGCCCUCGGGGUAGUCCUGCAGACGUGGGUGCUGAAUCAGUUCCGGCUGGUUCCUCUGGACAAGAUUGACCAGGUGGUGAUGUCCUAUGGGGGCCUUCGGGGGGCUGUGGCGUUUGCUCUCGUCAUCCUACUGGACAGGACCAAAGUCCCUGCCAAGGACUACUUUGUGGCUACCACUAUUGUGGUGGUUUUCUUCACAGUCAUCGUGCAGGGUUUGACCAUCAAGCCACUGGUCAAGUGGCUGAGGGUGAAGAGGAGUGAUCAUCACAAACCUACUUUGAACCAGGAGCUACAUGAGCACACUUUUGACCACAUUCUGGCUGCAGUGGAGGACGUUGUGGGGCACCAUGGCUACCACUACUGGAGGGACAGGUGGGAACAAUUCGACAAGAAGUACCUGAGUCAGCUGUUGAUGCGGCGGUCAGCCUAUCGGAUCAGAGACCAGAUCUGGGAUGUGUACUACAGACUCAACAUCCGAGAUGCCAUCAGUUUUGUGGACCAGGGAGGCCACGUCUUGUCCUCGGCAGGACUCACUCUGCCCUCUAUGCCCAGCAGAAAUUCUGUGGCAGAGACCUCUGUCACCAACCUGUUGAGAGAGAGUGGUAGUGGAGCCUGUCUGGAUCUGCAAGUGAUCGACACAGUACGCAGUGGCCGGGACCGGGAGGAUGCUGUGAUGCAUCACCUGCUCUGUGGAGGCCUCUACAAGCCACGGCGCAGGUACAAAGCUAGCUGCGGCCGCCACUUCAUCUCCGAGGAUGCACAGGAACGACAAGACAAGGAAGUCUUCCAGCAGAACAUGAAGCGACGGCUCGAGUCCUUUAAGUCCACCAAGCAUAACAUCUGUUUCACCAAGAAUAAACCUCGACCCCGCAAGACCGGCCACAAGAAGAAGGAUGGUCUGGCUAACCCUGAAGCUACAAAUGGAAAACCUCCUCGAGACCUGGGCUUUCCGGACACAGCUGCUGUGAUAUUAACCGUGGAGUCUGAGGAGGAGGAGGAAAGCGACAGUUCAGAGACGGAGAAGGAAGACGAUGAAGGGAUCAUCUUCGUGGCGCGAGCCACCAGCGAGGUCCUCCAAGAAGGCAAGGUCGCAGGAAGCCUGGAGGUGUGCCCGAGCCCACGCAUCAUCCCUCCCUCCCCAACCUGUGCAGAGAAGGAGUUACCCUGGAAGAGUGGGCAGGGAGACCUGGCUGUAUAUGUGUCUUCAGAAACAACCAAGAUUGUGCCCGUGGACAUGCAGACAGGCUGGAACCAGAGCAUCUCAUCCCUGGAGAGCCUGGCAUCCCCUCCCUGUACCCAGCCUCCCACUUUAACCCGCUUGCCUCCCCACCCACUGGGUAUGGAAGAGACCCCGGUUCCUCUUGACCUGUCUUCUGACCCUCGCUCUAGCUUUGCCUUUCCCCCAAGCCUGGCCAAAGCUGGCCGUUCUCGCAGUGAGAGCAGUGCUGACAUCCCCCAGCAGCAGGAGCUGCAGCCCCUCAUGGGCCACAAGGACCACACUCAUCUUAGUCCAGGCGCUGCCAACUCCCACUGGUGCAUCCAGUUCAACAGAGGAGGCCGGCUGUAGCCCAGGGCCUCAGGGAGGAGCAGGAUGUGGAGCCCCUGUGGGAAGUGUUCCUCAAGCAAUGGGGAGAGGAGCCUACUCGGCCUAGUGUGGGGCCAGAGGGGCCUGGACUGAAGUGGCAACCGGGCCUCUUUGGGUCUGGUCAGAAGGGUUUCCUGGGCUGGUCCUCACAGGGACCCUUCUUACCACUCUCCCUGCUCUUAACCCUCCACUCUUCAUUUCAAAAAUGGCUCAGGAUCCAGUCCAGAGUUCUAGGGGAUAGACCCACAAGCUGAUGUCCCUUCCCUAGGGCGUCUUCCUGGACAUACUGUUGGCAGCUGUUCCUGUCCCCAAAGCAAGGGCAUCGUUCUUCUGUGGACACUGGUCUUCCCUGUCCUCCACUUCCUCUCCAGUGUCAGCAUCAGUGCCCCAGCAGUGAGGCUUUAUGAGGGGCUGGUCCUCAGAGUGACUGGGGUGGGAUGUAGUGCAGGCCUCAGCCUUUGGCUCCGCUGACUUGUUGGGUCAGCUGAAGGAGUAGCGGGAGUCUGCCUCCCAUUGCUUUAGCCCUUUCCUCUGCUGCCAGAUGUUGAGGUAAUGGUGCCUCUUUUUCUAGGACUAGGCCCCGGGCCAGGCUUUAGGUCAGAGCUGCUUCUUAGCCAGUCAGCUGCUCUAGGCCUGAGUCUGGAACUUUCUGAGACUUGGAGCUGAGAUUUCUGAGUAGGAGACAAAGAGGCCUCUGGGCUCCUAUGUCAGCACCUCAAAAUUUUCCCAAAGGAAGAAGGAACCAGGUACCCCAGGGCCACUGCACCAUUACCGUAGGAGCUGGGGUUCCUGGCUACAGUGUUUGGGGACAGCUAACUAGUACCAAGUGGCUUUCCUGGGGUUAGCCCCUGCCUUGUGUUUUGUACCUUAAACCCAAGAUACAUUAAACAUCUCUUAGAUGGA